AUGGAGAACUACGAGAAAAUCUUCAGGAUUGGCCAGGGUGCAAGUGCGGAGGUCUUUCUCAUGAGGAACAUGAGGACGAAGCAGCUGUUUGCCGUGAAGAAGGUCAAGAUGAACCCCAGUAAGAGGCUGCAGAGCAAGGAAGCGGUGUUGCAGGAAGUGGCCAUCCUGAGUACCCUGCAGCAUCCCCACGUGGUGGCGUGCCAUGACCAUUUCUUUGACGCAGACCAGGAGCACGUCUUCAUCAUCCAAGACUACUGUGACGGUGGGUCCCUGGACGAGCACAUCAGGAUGAAGAAAGAGGGCUACUUCCUAGAGGCCACCAUCAUGAAGUGGUUUGUGCAGCUGACCACAGCUGUCCAGUACAUCCAUUCUUUGAAGAUCCUGCAUCGAGACAUCAAGGCGUCCAACGCAUUCCUCACAAAGACACAGAUCCUGAAACUGGGGGACUUUGGCAUCUCCAAGGUCAUGGACAGCACAAUGGACAUGUCAAGCACUUUUGUGGGCACACCUUAUUACCUGAGCCCCGAGCUCUGCAGAGACGUGCCCUACAGUUCCAAAGCUGACGUCUGGGCAUUGGGCUGCGUUCUUUUUGAGCUGUGCGCACUGAAGCCCCCCUUUACUGGCUUCAGUUUGGGCGGCUUAUUUAACAAGAUUGUGAAAGAGGAUUAUGCUCCUGUCCCAGAGUGUUACUCAGAACCUCUGCACAGCUUGGUCCAAGUUAUCCUACAAAAGAGCCCAGAGGAGAGGCCCACUGCUGGCGCCAUCCUCAACAUCCCGUAUGUUCAGGAGCACCUCAGACUCUUCCUUCUCCAUCAAGAAAUCCAACUCCUGAACAAACCGCAUCUGGAAGCAUCACAUGAUGGAGACGGCAGUCGGCUCAGCCCACGUGGACUGCAUCAGACAGGGCCACUGGGCUAUGCGGGUGACACAGACCCCAUGGUAGUAUCCAGCUCCCUUUGUUCUCACCAGCAGCACACUGAACACCAUGGCCCAGAUGACAUCUCCAGCACCCCAAGCAGUAGUUCUGAUUACUCAGAAGACUUUGAAAACACAAGCACUUCCUCUUUCAGCAGUUCAGAUGAGGACGCUACCAAGACCACGGAGACACCCACUGAGACUGACUCCGAGGAUGAAUGGGGACUGACCAGUUAUCCUGAGGACUUUGAGGACUCGGAGGAAGGCCUGGAGACAGCAGAGAAUGACCUCCUGUGUAGUUCGCAGGAGGCCAAGUCCUCCUCCCCUCUGAACAAGCUGUGGCAGUACAGAGGUGAGGACAGCAGCUACAGAAGUGAGGAAAACAGCUUGCUCUGCAAAGGCUCGCACCCUGCAACUGAGCACCCGUGGGACUCCACCCACCUGGACACUUGUUACUUGCUCCAGAGCCUGGACCUGGAAAGCACCUAGAGGAAUGGAGCAUGGAGGAAUGCAAGUUCGGGCACCCCAUGGGUAGUCAGUCGAUCACAUGCCAGCAGCUGGAGCUGGUUAGGAGGGGCAACACUGUUUUGCUGCUGUGGACAGAGCUGCACAGCCCACCCUAAUUUCUCUGGAACAAACCUCACACCCCCCCAAGAGGCUCUCAGAGUGAUGGCAUCACCUGACCUCAAACCCCCCCCCCACUGUGGGGGCCAGUGACUAACACUGGACCCUACAACAGCACUUCCCUCCCAGUUUGUAUCCCAGAGGUAUAGAAAUCCCACUCUGAAGAGUGUGGCUCGUCAAGAGAUGUUGCCUAGA